AUGUACGCUCUGGCCGAUGGCCAGACGGCCGAGAGGGCGGACGCCGAAGCCGCGCGCGCCAUCAACGCCUCCGCAAAGUCGGAGUGGGCAGAGGUGGUUCAAGCCGAGCUCGAGGCCGCCCGGGCGUGGCGCAUCGAGGGCGACGGCGUGAGAGCCGCCGGAGCGCUGGCCAAGGCCGUGGCGGCGGUGGACAAGAUGCCGUACAUGGAGCCGCCGCGCUGGUAUUACCCACCGCGGCAGUGCCUCGGGUAUGUGCUACGCGCCUCGAACGCGACCGCCUCCCUCGCCGCCUUUACCCGCGACCUGCACGACUUCCCGGAGAACGGAUGGUCCCUCUCCGGCGCGGCCGAUGCGCUCGAUGCCCUCGGACGUGGCGCUGAGGCCGAGGGCCAUCGCGAGCGCGCCGCUGUCGCCUGGCAAUUCGCCGACGUCUGGCAGCCGAGGCCGCCACCGUGCCCGCAGCUGUCGGCGUAG